AUGAAUCCAGAUGAUGAUGCUUCAAAGUUAGUUGAUUUUCAGAAGAUCAUGAACUUUUCUUCUGAAUUUGAGACUGUUUUAAAGGAGGUUAUGUUCAUUUCUGAAUCUGAUAAGAAUGAUGAAAGAUUAAACAACUUUGCUGAUAACGUGGAGGUGCACUUUGCUGUGAGGAAAAAGAGAGAAAUGCUGGCAAAUGCUAGACAGUUGAUUCUACGAUGUGACUUUACUGUUCCAGAAGAGUUUAGCAGCAAAGGACCUAAGUUCAUAAAUAACACAUACAAUGAUUGUGCUGUCAAUUUGCUUUUUUCGUCAGAGAGGUGUAUAGUGUCCCUUGCUGCUUGUCAGUUGAUGAAGUUGGUGCAUCAAACACUUCAACGUGGAACAGGCUUGUCAACUCCCCUGAACACAUCUUCUACGCGGCAAAUGAAAUCUGCAGAAGUUCUGGCUGAAUAUUUGAAAAAUUUCCGUGCAGACAACAUUGUGAACAAUGCUGAAUUCAUUAGAGAGAGCAUUGUUCCAGAAGCUGGGCCUUGGACUAUCUUGGGUCAGGUGCUUAAGAGAGCCCGGGAUCCUGUUAUAACUCCAGGUGCACAAAAGCAACUCAGUUAUUACUUUCUGAAUGCAUUUGAUAAUUGGGGGGGUUUCAAAACGAACCCACUAUAUGCGAUACUUCAUGAGGUGAUUUACUGCCAAGGUGUUCCAUCUUAG